AUGCCGCCCCCCCCUCACCUGACUCCCGCCCAGAUCGCCAAGCAAGCAGAGCGCAAGGCUGCCAAGCUCGCCCGCAAGGCGGCAAUGGACAAUCCUCGCCAGCUGACGCCUGAUGAGGCCGCAAGCCGGCGCAUCAUCGACCGGCGCUGGAUGACUGUCGGCCCAAAGCCACAGCACGGCACGCACACGGCUCGCGUGGUGACUUGGAACAUGUUGGCACAGACACUCGUCCGCCGCGACCUCUUCCCGGGCUCAGACUGUCUGCGAUGGAGCGACCGCAAGGCGAUGCUCCAAGCCGAGAUGGAGCGCUACGCUGAAACGGACGUCAUUUGUCUCCAGGAAUGCGAUAGGCUGCCGGACAUGCGCGCCGCCGUGCCGGGGCACGAGGCGAUCGAGGCCCGUGGGCCGGGAAAGCUCCACGGGUUGGUGGUGCUGUACCGCACUGCUCGGUGGCGCGUGCGUGCGUCUCGCGCUGUUCAACUCGACUUGGAACACCUCAAUCCUGGUGAGGGGGCUGAGGCGCGCGGCGGCAGCCGAGCGACAAAGAACAUGUGCCUGAUCGUCGCGCUCGAGGACACGAGCACGCCCGGAAAGGGCAUUGUCGUUGCUACUACACAUCUCUUCUGGCACCCCAAGUUUGAAUAUGAGCGGACACGGCAGAUCAUUGUGCUCCUCCGCGCUAUCCGCAAAUUACAGACCAAGGAGGGGAUCGAGGGGUGGCCUGCAAUGUUGGCAGGAGACCUCAACUCCCAGCCGGCUGAGACAGCGUACCAGAUCCUCGCAGCGCCCAGUGUCCCGCUCCAUCCCGAGAUUGUCGAAUCGCUCAACUUGUCUCGGCUGGUCCAUACGAAUGUAGCCAAGAUCGGGGUAGAGCCCGGAAGCGAGCCGCCCUCGGAAUCGGCGAGCGGGACAGCCACGCCUGCAGUCAAGGAGAAGGACGACGAGGACGAGUUGCCCGAUACGGACGAGCGGUCGAUUGCCGGCACACGCCGACCGAUUCCGGGGGACGGCAUCGCCACACUCGAUGAGCUGCUCGCCAUGGCUGCAGAGGUGUUGCCGACUCCGGCGCGUAGCGCUUAUGGUGUUACGGAAUGGGGUAGCGAAACAUACGCUGCGCGUGGAGGAUUCAAGAACUCGACUGGCGCCGGCGGGAAUGAGCCAGCCUACACUUGCUUUACGCCGCUGUUCAAGCUCACACUUGACUACCUCUUCGUGCUGCCGAGAAAGGGUGUUGAGUUCACCCAAGUCCUCGAGCCGCCCAAGGUAGCUGACCUGGGUGAGGGACUGCCCCGUAAGGGUAUCUCGGCGAGCGACCACUUGCCUGUCGCCUGUGAAAUUUCGUGGACUCCGUGA